ACAUUUAUCUGUGUUUUGCACCUUAUUAUUGCAAAUAAUAAAAAAUAUAUUAGAUAAAAUAGGGCAUAAUUGCAUUAAUAACGCCUAGCGUUCGAUGUGGAUGUGAAUGUGGUUGAGAUCAUUUGUUCGCGCUUAUUUGUUCGUGUUUAUUUCGGUGUGAGAAUGAAAGUUACAACCAAUGGUUAUAUAUGUAUAUACCAAUAAAGUUGUGUGAGUGUGGAAACGUGCAGAGCUGCGCUCCUGCUCGAAAGCAACGCGAAAAUAAUUGUUAGUAGGUCAAGGCACAGAGAACAGAGGACGAGGACGAAGCCGAGGACGAACGGAACCGAACUUAAACGUGUUUAAAGAUAACUGUAACUGAUAAGUAUUUCAUAAUGUCUGAUCUCGGCAGUGGAGACGAAGGCAUCUCAGGAUCAAAAUACAAUGCAAGCAAUAUGGAAGGUGCUUCAAGCAGAAAUGACUUCGACACCUCCGGUAAAGCAGGCAGCGCUGUUGAACAGGAGCUGGCAACUAAAAUGCUUCAAAUACAAUCAAAACGAUUUUACCUGGAUGUUAAGCAAAAUCGACGUGGGCGAUUUAUUAAGGUCGCUGAGAUUGGGGCCGACGGCAGGCGCAGUCAGAUAUAUUUAGCGCUAUCCACCGCUGCGGAAUUCCGAGACCACUUGUCAUCAUUUAGCGACUACUACGCUUCUUUAGCUGGUCAAAACGCAGGCCCUCCAAACACAGAUAAUUUGCCAGAGGAUGGCAAAUUAAAGUCGGAGAUGAUGAUAAAGGAUAAUAGAAGAUAUUAUUUGGACUUAAAGGAAAAUGCUCGUGGACGUUUCCUUCGGGUCUCACAGACAAUUACAAGAGGUGGACCUAGAUCUCAAAUCGCGCUACCAGCUCAAGGCAUGAUUGAGUUUCGUGACGCAUUGACAGAUUUAUUGGAGGAGUUUGGAGCGAACGAUGGAGGAUUCAAAGGCGAUUUGCCGGAAGAACGUCAUAUGAAAGUCGAUAAUAAAAACUUCUAUUUCGACAUUGGUCAGAACAAUCGCGGCGUUUAUAUGCGGAUAAGUGAGGUGAAAAAUAAUUUUCGCACUUCGAUUACUAUUCCUGAAAAGUGCUGGAUACGCUUUCGUGAUAUUUUCAACGACUAUUGCGACAAAAUGAAAAAAUCGUCCGACUCUACCCCAAUCACUGCCGAUAAUAAUCUACAGACUACAGCAAAUAGUCUUAAAUAAAUGGCAAGAAAACGUGAUCUAAGCAACUAUCAAAGAUGCACUCAAUGCACUAAGUUAUAAAAUAGUAUAUAAAGGUUUUCAUUUUUGCGCUCGAACCAUAUUUUUUAUUUAACUGGACAUGUGUAUGCGAUAUCGCUACCGCCUUUCAUUUCAUUUUUCAAUUUAAACACAUUUUGAAAUUUCAACUUUGUAUCCAAAACAAAUACACACAACAUACCCACAACAUAA